GCAAAUUCUCGCUUAUACGCAUUGCGUCUGUUAAAAAAGGCUGGUCUCCAAGCAUCUGACAUCGUCCAAAUAUAUAUCUCAUUCAUCAGAUCCAGAAUUGAAUAUGCAUCCCCUGUAUGGUCGUCAGUACCUAAAUCAUUAUCUGACAUUCUCGAAUCUGUUCAAAAGAGAGCAUUGAGAAUAGCUUAUCCAGAUCUGUUAUAUGAUGAAGCCCUUGAAAUUUCAAACUUACAGUAUCUGAGUACUCGUAGAGACAUCUCUUGCAAGAAAUUCGUCGAAUCUCUGCGACGUGAUGUUUCACCCUACAACCCUUUGACCCAAAUUAUGGAAAUUCGUCCCGGG